GCUGACUUGAGGGACUCCCCUCUGUCUCUGACUCAAUCCAGACUUUGUCGGACUUCCGCACUAGACUACAAAUGGACGACGGAUGGACUGAAUUCAUGGUUCUUGGCUUUGGGCUUUGUUCUGGAAUGUUUCUCGGACCUGCGUGAGAAGUGGAGGAGGGGGUGGAUUUAAGGAAUUCAUCCCUCUUUCUUUAAAACCACCACCUAGAAGAAGUGAGAGAAUGGGGGCAGGAGCACUCACCAUCUGUCACAACAAAACAGCCGUGCAGAUCAAGAUCAGGGAGGACAUGAAGAAGAUGGUCCAGCUGCCGGUGCUGAAGAAUUUGCCGACUUCUGCCACCAAUGGAGAUAGUCAGAGGAGUGGUCAGAGGGUGUUCGGCGUGUCACUGAUGGAGAUGAGCAAAUUGGGAUUGGUGAAGGACGGCGUUCCCUUAGUGUUGAGGAGCAUGGUGGAGUACCUCAGACUGCAUGGGCUGCAGCAGGAAGGUUUGUUCCGAGUGAGCGCUAGCGUGCGUGCUGUGGAGAGUCUGAAGCAGAGGCUGGACAGGGGAGAGGAGGUGGAUCUCGAGCAGGAGGCUGAGGUCUGCACUGUGGCCAGCUUGCUGAAGCUGUACCUGAGAGAGCUUCCUGAGGGCCUCGUUCACUCCUCCAUUCACAACACACUCAUCCAGCUGUAUAACGAAUCCAAAGAAGAUGAGUUCUGUAAGAACACGCAAGAGCUCCUGCUAAAGUUACCAGACGUUCACUACAGCGUCCUGCGCUACCUAUGUCACUUCCUCACCCAGGUGGAACAGCAGCAGUGCCACAACCGGAUGACUGCAUUCAACCUGGCAACUGUGUUUGGGCCUAACGUUUUCCAUGUGUCCCCUGGUUUUGAAGGCAUCCAGGAGCAGGAUGUGUGUAAUAAGAUCAUGUCUAGGCUCAUUGAGAACUACAGCACCAUCUUUGAGCCAGAUGGAGGAGAGGAGCAGCCCAAAAUCAAGCCUUCAAACAUCAUCAUGGUCAAAGUGGGUGCUUCUUCUUCACUGGAGGCCCACAUAGAUUUAGUGCACACAGAUACCAUGUCAACAUCCUGUCCGACACCAAAAGCACCCACUCCACUUCCCAGAAAGAAGAAGGCCACACGGAGCAGUGCGGUCGAAGACAAGGUCUCACCAAGAGAAAAGGAGCUGAGCCUAGAAACCCCAAUACCCACACCAAGAAAAAAGAAGGUGAAGAGGGUGAAAGGUGAAGCAGCACUGAGAUCAGUACCUCAGCCUGCUCCCUCCACAGGUCUUCCAUUCUCAAGACAUUUAUCCCAGUCUCCAGAGCACAGAGCCAAAUCUGGACUCCACACUCUGGGCUGGAGCUCUCAGGAGGAAAGCAUGGAUCUGAACCCUCCUAAACUCAGCCCCAUCGGGAGCAUGGACACUGUGGGCAGUUCGCAGGAGGACGAAAGACCAAUAUCUCCCUUCUAUGUGAGCUCCCAGCUCUCUCCUGGUCAUUACAGGCCUGACUUAGCACACUAUCUGGAGAAGACGAUCCGCUCAGCGGUGGAGCAGCACCUCUUCGAUGCUCACAUGCAGCCAGAUCUGAGUUUACAGCAGAGCUCAGAGGCAGCAGGUCAAGCUCCGUUACCCGCAACCACGGCUCGUCAGAGGAGGCGACAGCAGAGAGAGCAGGAGGAGAACCGAGAGAGGUGCAGGAACGACAUUGACAAGGAGAACAUACCGUCUCGUGGACCGAACAGCAGUGCUAGCAUUAGCAUCAGCAUCACCGAGGAGAGUGAGAGGAGGCUGGCUACCGCUGAUGAAGACUCCAGGUCCAGGAAACCCAAACACAGCCCUACCCUCACAGAGCUUUCCCAUAACCAAGGCUCACUCAGCCAUCACGGCUCAUGCAAAUCACAUGACAGAGACAUGGAAGAUGGUAUGGAUGCUACACAUAACAGGGAAUCACGAAAAACAAAUGACUCGGCUCAUCCUAAGACGCCUGCCAUGAAGAUCCAGGAGGCCAUCAACGGCCCGGAGCCUUCAGACGGCUGCGAGGACGUUCCUCGCCUGGACCUGUCCACUCUAAUGGAGGACAGCAACUGGGGAGAGCCAGUGCCAGCCUAUUCAUCAUGGCACAGAGACAACAUGGACAGUGAAGAAGCUCACCUCUCUCCCCACACCGGGGGCAAAAUGAUCCGACAGCUGCUGGAGGAAGACUCGGAUCCCAUGCCUUCACCACGCUUCUAUGCCUACGGGAACUCACAGCAGUACCUUGAUGACACCGAGGUGCCUCCCUCACCACCCAACACACACUCUUUCAUCAGCCGAAGGCGGAGUUCUUCGCUCGGCUCCUGCGAUAACGAGUGUGAGGAGCUCACUUCGACGCAGCUCUCUAAAAAGAUCCACAGCCUCAAGAAAAAGAUCCGCAAGUUUGAAGAAAAGUUUGAGGAUGAACGCAAAUACAGGCCGUCGCACAGUGACAAAGCGGCCAACCCAGAGGUCCUGAGGUGGAUGAAUGAGCUGGCCAAGCUGCGCAAAGACCUCAAAGAGCACAGUUUGCUGAAAUCAGAGGAAGAUCUGGCUCCUUUGCCGAGGCAGCGCAGCAACACGCUGCCCAAGAGCUUCGGCUCUCAACUGGAGAGGAAAAGCAGCGAGGCAAAGGCGCCCAAACCGCCUGUAGAGAGCACGCUGGAGACGGUGAUGAACAAACUGCAGGAGAAACGCUCCGAGUCCGGCCGGCCUGAGGACAUCAAGGAUAUGACCAGAGAACAGAUCGGUGCAGAGAAAGUCGCCCUGCAGAAAGCGCUGCUGCAUUACGAAGGCAUCCACGGCAGACCGAUCACAAAGACUGAAAGACAGCUCAUGAAGCCGCUGUAUGAUCGAUAUCGCCUUGUCAAACAGAUCCUGUGCAGGGCAUCCACCAUCCCAGUCAUUCAGGGUUCUCCAUCCAGCAAGCGCAGAGGCCCUCAGCUGCAGCCCAUUAUCGAGGGGGAACCCGCUCUCUUCUUCGACCAUGGCAAGGAGGAAGAGGACGGCUCGGACGAAGACAACGACAACAGGACGCAGUUUACGCAGCUGACAGUGCGUCCGGAGCUGAGCAUGCUGGGAUUUCUGGACCACCUGGACGAAGAGGUGGAUGGGUUUAUUUCACCAGUAGACGAGUUGUCGCCUUCGAAGAACAGCACCGAUAUGAGACUGUCCAACCUGCACGCUGCCACCAUACAGGAACUGGUGGAGCAGCUCCAGGAAGCUCGAGAGGAAAAGAAAAGAAUCCGAAAGAACCUGCGUGAAUUCGAGGACCAGUUCUUCAGGCAAAACGGCAGAAACGUGCAGAAGGAAGAUCGCUCGCCCUUAGCGGUGGAAUACAACGAAUACAAGCACAUCAAAGCCAAGCUGAAGCUGCUGGAGGUCCUGAUCAGCAAAAGAGACUCCUCGAAGUUCAUCUAGCAUCCAGCGUUGAGGAGAUAAAGCACAAGGACUAGCAGAUUCUGCUCAUGCUAAAGCUAAAUAAGCUCGUCGAAAACCCCCCUGUUGAAGUCGCACAUUGGGUGGGUUUUUUCCCCCCUAUUUCAAGCCAUCUGUAGCUCACAGGCAGAUCUGGCUGAAGAAGAUACCCCCCUCCCCUUCCAUCCUCCUCCUCCCUGUUGGAUUUCUCUACCACUAUUGACACUCACUCAGAGUGAUACAAUCUCACGCUUCUUCUGCUGGACUGUAAACAGAUGUCCUGUAGCUCAGUCCCAGUGCCAUCAACCAAUCACCUGCAGCUUUCAUCAACCCAACUUCCACGUUACCCACCGACACGCCGAUCGCACAUCCGACACACUCGUGGUGUUGUUCUCUACAUACAGUAUGUCUAAUAGAGUUGAUUAUUAUUUAUUUUGUCGAAACCUUCUGUGAGCGUCUGUUUAAUAAGAGAAGCAUUUCACAGGAUAGCAAACAUCUUCAUUUUUGUAAAUGACACGAUCUUAGAUUUGUCGAUGAUUACUGCUACACUGCCAGUCAAACGUUUUAAAACGUCUGAAGGUUUUGGAUUUAGAGGAAGAAAAACAAAGUACCAAAGACAUAACGUUUUUUUAUAUUUAGAACAUGCUUUUUUUUUUUAUAUUUAUAGGGUAUUUUAGUCCCAUCACAUUCACAUCUUAGUGGCGGAAAAGUGUGAUCCAGAGAACUCUCUGGGUGAGAGGGACGGUGUUAGAGAGUAUAGAGAGAGCAAAAUCAACUAAAUCACAUGCUCAUGUACACUAGAUUGCCAAAAGUUUUGGGACAUCUGCUUUUACAUGCACAUGAAUUUAACACUGAGUUGGUCCACCCUUUACAGCUUCAACUCUUCUGGGAAGGCUUUCCACAAGGUUUAGGAGUGUGUUUAUGGGAAUUUUUGACCAUUCCUCUAGAAGCGCAUUUGUGAGGUCAGGCACUGAUGUUGGAUGAGAAGGCCUGGCUCGCAGUCUCCGCUCUAAUUCAUCCCAAAGGUGUUCCAUCAGGUUGAGGUCAGGACUCCACACACCAAACUCGCUCAUCCAUGUCUUUAUGGACCUUGCUUUGGUCACUGGUGUACAGUCAUGUUGGAACAGGAAGGGGUCAUCCCCAAACUGUUCCCACAAAGUUGGGAGCAUGGAAUUGUCCAAAAUGUCUUGGUAUGAAGCUGAAGCAUUAAGAGUUCCUUUCACUGGAACUAAGUGGCUGAGCCCAACCCCUGAAUUCCAAUUCCAUCCAAUCACAAUGAUAUGGAGAGUGUCCCAAAACUUUUAGCGAUAUAGUGUAUGAGGAAGAGGGCCGAGCAUGUCGGACCUCCCUGCCUCAAGAGCAGCAUGGUAAGACGCAACCGCUUCACAUGCUUUUCAGAGGAGUUCUCCAGUCAUUUAUUGAGUGCAGGCUCAAUGUUCUCAGUGAUUUUUAAUCAUCCUAAGCAUGCUCCAUUCAACACUACACACCCAUCUGAAAAUUCUUUAAAAAAAAUCAAAACAAGCCAUCGACGUCCCCGAUUUCCGAUCAGACUAAUGAGUGUAAACACACCGUCACUCAGACUAUUUGAUGUUCAUAGACAUUUGACUGGCAUUGUGCAUUUCCGUGUUUGAAAUCAUCUGAGAGGAGGUUAAGACGAUUAUGGGAACUUCAGGGAAAAAACAAUACAAAAAAAAAAAAAAAAACACGCCGUUUUACCUUUUCAUGCUAAUUCAGUAUGGUGCCAUAUUUCACACGUCUCUAUGCGAGUUGCGGCUGUAGACGACGUCGCUUUUUUGUUUUUAAAAGCUCUCCAUUGUAUUCUUUCACGCUUUCUCACUGCAGUAAUUUGCUUAGUGUAGCCCAAGCAGGUUAUUUAGCGAGAAUCAGUUUGUACCAGUUUCCUUUUCGAGUCUUUUCACACUUCACAUGGCGAAGACGCACAACAUCUCGAUCAGAGAUGACCAGCGAUGCUGAUGUUUUACGUGUUUUAUUUUUUCUUUGCAUUUCGUUAUAUGGCUCUAACCAGCUUUUAUUGUAACAAUGACAAUGACAAUGACAUGGGCCAACAAGCGUCACAGCAACCUGACUGCUUUCUUAUUACAGAGAGAGAGAGAGAGAGAGAGAGAGAGAGAGAGAGAGUGUAGGGUUGGCUUAUAUAGAUCCAGAGUUUAAAAUAAGCAUGUUAGUCUCUCCUGUUUUUCUCGAGAACAGAUAUUUUGCAGUGUGACCUUCGUUUUUUCUGAACGUGAACACUGAUGGUUUAUAAUGAAUAAGGGUGUGUACAUUUUAGUACAUGAUUUAUUUGUAUUUUGUAUAUAUGACCUAAAGCUAAACCUAUUUUUACUGAA